GCCAUGGCCCUGCUGCUGUGCCUGGGCAUGGUGGCGGCGCUGGCCCGCGGCUGCCUGCACUGCCACGGCAACUUCUCGGAGAAGUUCUCCUUCUACCGCCACCACGUGAACCUCAAGUCUUGGUGGGUGGGCGACAUCCCCGUGUCGGGGGCGCUGCUCACCGACUGGAGCGAGGACACGCUGAAGGAGCUGCACCUGGCCAUCCCCGCGGAGAUCACCCAGGAGAAGCUGGACCGGGUGGCGGAAGCCGUGUACCUGAGGCUGGACCAGCUGUACCAGGGGAAGAUGUACUUCCCGGGCUACUUCCCCAACGCGCUGCGAACCAUCUUCCGGGAGCAGGUGCUCCUCAUCCAGAACGCCAUCAUCGAGAGCCGCAUCGACUGUGAGCGACACUGCGGUAUCUUCAGCUAUGACACCAUCUCCUGCAGCAACUGCACAGACUCGCAAGUCGUCUGCUUUGGCUACAACUGCGAGACGCUGGCGCAGUGGAAGACGGCGGUGCAGGGCCUCCUCGCGUACAUAAAUAAGUGGCACAAACAGGACGCCAGUGUGAGACACACCCCAGCCUUCCUGGUAUCGCCAAGCUUCACGUGUCUGGAGCCCCAGCACUUGGCCAACCUGACCUUGGAAAGUGCCUCCGAGUGUCUGACCGAGCACUGA